GAAAAACAGGUCAAGGCUGACAUGGACGUCAAUCAGGAGCAGGCUGAGGAAGGGGCGAUGGGCGCUGGAAGCUCUAAGAGGAAGGCAUCCAUCGACCCCGCUGCAGGAGUCAGGAAGCGGCCAGCAGCCAUGCCUGAGGAGCAGCAGGCGAAGGGCCAGGCGGCCCUCUCUGGUGCGGGCGCCGAGACUGCGGGAGGCAAGACGGCCGAUGAUGAGUGCAGCGGCCCGCGCCCAUCCCGCGCCGCGAUGCGCGCUGCGCUGGGCUUGCCGGCGGCGCCGGCGGCGGCCUUGCUCGAGGGGGCGGCUGUUCUUCCUUUGCAGGGGGCGUUGGUUACUCCGCCAUCGGCUUCCCUCAGCUCUUCUGCGACAGCCGUUGCAGCGACUGGGGGCAUCGACGGCGACGCCGAGGCCGCAGCUCCCGAAGCAGCCGCGGUCGCGGUGCCUUCCGGGGCGGCUGACGAGGGCGGCGACGUGGCUGAGAACAGGAGGCAGGAGCAGGGCGAGGCAGCUGAUCAGGGCAGCGACGCUGCGAGCGCAAUGGAGGGCACCUUGGAAGGCGCGCUGGAGAAGUUGCUUGACGCGGCGGUGCCUGACAAUCCAGACGGCGCGCCCGCAGAGGAUGUCCCGCUGGGCGCGCGGGCGAGCACGGCUUUCGCUUGCAGUCAACCGCAGCAGCCCCCUUUGUCGCCCCCGGCAUGCGAGCCGCCAGCGCAGCCUCAGCUUGAGCCGCCCCAGCCUUCGACCAGCCCGUCACCUCCACCGCCUCAGUCGCAGCAGCCCGCCGCCUCCGAGUCCAAGGACCUGGACGCGUCUCGCGACUUGGCCGCAGGCGCGACCGCCGUCAAAGACCUCGCCGAGUUUGAUUUCACGGAGCUCGGGGCGGUGUCUGACGACGCGGACGAGGACCCUGUAAGCCCGGGUGCCGGCGGUGUGGGCGGCACG